AUGCCAGGAAUGGUCAGUAAAAACCCAGACCUCGAGUUCGACUCUUUGCAGCCCUGUUUCUACCCUGACGAAGAUGAUUUUUAUUUGUGCGGGCCGGACUCCGCUCCCCCCGGGGAGGACAUCUGGAAAAAGUUUGAGCUGCUGCCCACCCCUCCCCUGUCUCCCAGCCGGGCCGGGCUCCAGGAGCACCCCCCGGGGGGGGCCCCGGUGCCGUGGGGAGGGGCGGCCCUGGGGGGCUGUCGCCCCGCCGACCCCCUGGACUGGGCGUCCGAGCUGCUCCUGCUGCCCCCCGAGGCCGACCUGUGGGGCGGCUCGGACGGAGGGGACUUCUUCGAGACGGGCCUCGGCGUGACCAACAACCUCAACUCCAUCAUCAUCCAGGACUGCAUGUGGAGCGGCUUCUCCGCCCGGGAAGAUGAGGAGGAAGAGGAUGAAGAAGAAGAAAUAGAUGUUGUGACAGUGGAGAAAAGACGCUCCUCCUCCAACAAGGCUGUUACCACCCUUACUAUUACAGUGCGUCCUAAAAAUACCACUUUUCCGUCAGUCAGGACACAGCAGAAUGAACUGAUUUUAAAGCGUUGCGCACCAAUUCACCAGCAGCAUAAUUAUGCCGCUCCUUCUCCAUACAUGGAGAAUGAAGAUGCUCCACCACAGAAAAAGUUAAAAACCGAGGUGCCCCGUCCAGUAAAACCCACGAUCCAACCAAAGUCUAAGAGUUCAAGUCCUCGAAACUCUGAUUCAGAGGAUAGUGAACGUCGACGCAACCAUAAUAUCCUGGAGCGUCAACGGCGUAAUGAUCUACGGUCAAGUUUCCUCACGUUAAGGGACCAUGUUCCAGAACUGGUUAAAAAUGAGAAAGCUGCAAAAGUUGUGAUCUUGAAAAAAGCCACUGAAUAUGUUCAUUCCCUUCAGGCAGAGGAGCAGAAGUUAUUGCUAGAAAAGGAAAAAUUGCAAGCCAGGCAACAACAAUUGCUAAAGAAAAUAGAAUACAAGCGGACUUGCUAAACUUUGUUUUGUUUUGUUUUGUUUUGGCUGACCAGGACAGUCAUUGCCACUUUGCACAUUUUUGAUUCUUUAAAAAAAAUUGUGUUUUUUGACGUUAAGAAUGUUGGUUUUACUUUCAAUCCAGUCCCUGAAGUAAUCGACAAACUAUAUUAUCCGGGUACGGAGCAAAUGGAUGUUCUUGCAAGGAGUUUUUUGCAAGACUACCAAACAACAAUGGACUGCCUUUGUUUUUCUUCUUAAGAACUGUAGAUGGUGGGGAUUUUUUUUUUUUUAAUUGUUGUGAGCAUUUGGAGCUGCUGAUGACAUCUAGUUGAGUUUUAAAACGUUCAUUCCUAAGUUUUAUGGUGCUUAUGUUUUAACAGAUGUUACUUUAGGGGUUGGCAUUUUGUACCCCUGUGGGAAUUUUCUGUAAAUACCAUCUACACACUUGCCUUUUGUACAUGUCUUGGGUUAUGAGAGGUGGCUUUUGCUACCAGUAUUAGACUGGAAGUUCAUACCUAAGUACUGUAAUACCUCAAUGUUUGAGGAGCAUGUUUUUGUAUACAAAUAUAUUGUUAAUCUCUGUUAUGUACUGUACUAAUUCUUACAUUGCCUGUAUACUUUAGUAUGAUGCUGAUACAUAACUAAAUUUGAUACUUAUAUUUUCGUAUGAAAAUGAGUUGUGAAAGUUUUGAGUAGAUAUUACUUUAUCACUUUUUUGAACUAAGAAACUUUUGUAAAGAAAUUUACUAUAUAUGCCUUUUCCUAGCCUGUUUCUUCCAGUUAAUGUAUUUGUUAAUGUUUGGUGCAUAGAACUGGGUAACUGCAAAGUUCUGUGUUUCAUUUCUUCCAACGAUGUACAUUUAGUGCUGCGUCUUAUAGCACUUUGAAAUACCUCAUGUUUAUGAAAAUAAAUAGCAAUUACAUGAUGUG